AUGGAUGAUGGCACUAUUGUUAUUGCGCGUAUACCGAAUCCUAAUGCGGGGCCUCCAUUCAAAACAACCGCGUCUGAAGUUGCUACCAUGGACUUUGCUCGGACUGUCCUUGAGAUUCCCGUGCUAAAAGUGUUGUCCUGGUGCGCAGAAGCCGAAAACCCUGUGGAAUCUGAGUACAUUUUGAUGGAGGAGGCUACUGGAAAUCAGCUCGGUGAGGUUUGGGAUGAGAUGGAGCUUCACGAUAAGCUCAAGAUUGUAGACGAUAUUGUCGCCAUCGAGAGGAAGUUUCUGUCCCUAUCAUUCACCCGUUACGGAAAUCUUUAUUUCGCAGAUAACGCCUUCCCGGGCUGCGAAAAAGCCGAAAUCAUUGGUGAUUUACCACAAUCAUUGAGGAAUUUGGUGGAGAAUCGAUUUGUGAUAGGCCCAGUCGUUGAUCGAGGUUUCUGGCACCGAGAACGAGCAUUGAUGGAUAUUGAUCGUGGCCCGUGGAAAAGCCCCCAGGAUUAUCUUAGGGCAAUUGGCCAACGAGAGAUCGCUUGGAUAGAUAGUCACGCCGCCCAAAAGCCGUCGGGUGGUCUAUUUGCAAUGUCCGAAGCGCAGCGCACUCCAGAUGCCCACAUCGUCCUCUAUAAGAAGUUUCUUGACGUCGCUGAGUACCUAUUGCCUAAGGGAGAUCAUGUCAGACCUACCCUAUGGCAUUGGGAUAUCCAUGCCCCCAACAUAUUCGUAUCUGAAAACCAUGUUACUAGUCUCAUCGACUGGCAGGAUACGUGGGUCGGACCCUUGUUCCUUCAGGCACGACAUCCGCGGCUUGUAGAUUACAACGGAGAGGUGAUGACGAGGCUACCGGAAAGCUACGAUGCUCUUGAAGAUGAAGAAGAAAAACUGCGCGUUCGGACCCAAGUUGAGAAGUCGAUUGUCUUGUGGACAUACGAAAUUGAGACCAAAAAAACGAACCCGAUCCUCCAUGAUAUUUUGCACAUAGUUCAAGGGCGUACGAAGCGUGACACUGUAGACUUUUCUGCCAACACGUGGGAUGGAGACAUUAUUCCCUUCAGGCAAUGCCUCAUCCGCAUAGCACGUCACUGGAACGAGAUCAAUACCGAAAUCCCCUGUCCGAUAGAAUUCACUGAAGAGGAGAUAAAAUCACAUCUCUUGGAUGGGGAAGGCUGGAAUCAAAAUGCAGACUUCUGGGACUCACUUGAGGGGUUUGUACACCGCGAUGGAUGGACUUCCAACGAAAAUUAUGAGCAGGCACUUGGAUUGUUCGCGCAGCUUAGGGAGCAGGGAUUGCAGAGCCUGAGCGGCGAGGAGAAAUCAGCGUUUGAGGAGAGCACGCGCUGGGCGACUUCCUGGAAUACAGAUUGGCACGCGGAAAUUUUGCGUCAACCAUUGGCGAAGGGAUAG